AGACGGCGGCGGCGUCUGCGGGAAGCCGUGUGUCUCCGCAGUGACGUGGGCGGGCCGAGGGCUCGGUGACGUCAGAGGGCUGUGUGUAGCGAUGUGUGUGGGGUUCGGAGCGGCGCCGGCACAGCCGAAGGGAGCGGGCGAGCGGCGACGGCGGCGGCGGGCACAGAUUAUUUAAAAGAAGAAUGAACUAUAAUCCUUGAAGAUAACUGGGCAGUUUUUUGAGUCGGAGGCUGUUCUUACUGGUGUGAGGAUUUAUACAAGUAUUCAGUUUUUCAACACAGACCAAGAGACCAUCAUUUUUAGAGGAGAUACUCCCUCUGCCCCCAAUUUUGGUGUCCUUGGUGGCAAAAAUUAGAUUUGGUUGCAUCAUUUUCACUUGUGCUUGAGUCUAGACACAAGUAAUGGCAUAAACUUUCCACGUGUUUUGCUUAAAACAAAUCAAAUCAUUACAUUGAACUUGGACAUCUUGAAUUGAGAAAUUGGUAACUUUAUUUUAAUACAUAUAGCUGAAGAAUUCAAGAAGACAAAAGCUUCCUCAGAGGUGUGCCUCUGAAAAUUAUAUUCUUUAUAAUUAGAGACAAAACAAGAAAUUUUAUAGCGUUUGUAGUGGAAUUAUAGUAGAUUAUAAACAGAACCGAAACAAAGUUGCAAAAUCUAUUGAGUAAGGAGAUCUCUCUUUGGAAAUUUAAAUUUUCUGUGAGAGUAAGUUACCGUAAUUUGUAUACAUUACUUUUCUCUCUUCAAAUAAGCAACUGAAUAAAAAUGCAAAUCUCAGGCUUAAUUAUUUAACAGAAUAGCGAAGCAAUGGAAAACCUACAGACUAAUUUCUCCUUGGUUCAGGGCUCAAAUAAAAAACUGAAUGGGAUGGGAGAUGAUGGCAGCCCUCCAGCGAAGAAAAUGAUGACAGACAUUCAUGCAAAUGGAAAAAUGAUAAACAAGGUGCCAAUAGUUAAGAAGGAACACUUGGAUGACUAUGGAGAAGUGCCAAUGGAAACUGAUGGAGAGCAUGUCAAGCGAACCUGUGCUUCUGUGCCUGAACCUUUAAAUUUAAAUCCAAGUUUGAAACACACUUUGGCACAAUUCCAUUUAAGUAGUCAGAGCUCUCUGGGUGGCCCAGCAGCAUUUUCCGCUCGCUAUUCCCAAGAAAGCAUGUCACCUACUGUAUUUCUGCCUCUUCCAUCUCCUCAGGUUCUUCCUGGCCCACUGCUCAUUCCUUCCGAUAGCUCCACAGAACUCACGCAGACUGUGUUGGAAGGGGAAUCUAUUUCUUGUUUUCAAGUUGGAGGAGAAAAGAGACUCUGUUUGCCCCAAGUCUUAAAUUCUGUUCUCCGAGAAUUUUCACUCCAGCAAAUAAAUACAGUGUGUGAUGAAUUGUACAUAUAUUGUUCAAGGUGUACUUCAGACCAGCUUCAUAUCUUAAAGGUCCUGGGAAUACUCCCAUUCAAUGCCCCGUCCUGUGGGCUGAUUACAUUAACUGAUGCACAAAGAUUAUGUAAUGCUUUAUUGCGGCCACGAACUUUUCCUCAAAAUGGUAGCAUACUUCCUGCUAAAAACUCACUGGCCCAAUUAAAGGAAACUGGUAGUGCCUUUGAAGUGGAACAUGAAUGCUUGGGCAAAUGUCAGGGUCUGUUUGCACCCCAAUUUUAUGUUCAGCCUGAUGCUCCAUGUAUUCAGUGUCUGGAGUGCUGUGGAAUGUUUGCACCCCAAACAUUUGUAAUGCAUUCUCACAGAUCGCCUGACAAAAGAACUUGCCACUGGGGCUUUGAAUCAGCCAAAUGGCAUUGCUAUCUUCAUGUGAACCAAAAAUAUUUAGGGACACCUGAAGAAAAGAAACUGAAGAUAAUUUUGGAAGAAAUGAAGGAGAAAUUUAGCAUGAGAAAUGGAAAGAGAAAUCAAUCCAAGACAGAUGCACCACCAGGAAUGGAGUUACAGUCAUGGUAUCCUGUUAUAAAGCAGGAGGGUGACCAUGUUUCUCAGACACAUUCAUUUUUACAUCCCAGUUACUACUUAUACAUGUGUGAUAAAGUGGUUGCCCCAAAUGUGUCACUUAGUUCUGCUGGAUCCCAGUCUAAAGAGAUCACAAAGACAGAAGCAAGUAAGUCCAUAUCGAGACAGUCAGAGAAGCCUCACAGUAGCAGUAAACAUCACAAAACAGUGUCUUAUCCAGAUGUCUCACUUGAAGAACAGGAGAAAAUGGACUUAAAAACGAGUAGAGAAUUAUGUAGCCAUUUAGAUUCAUCAAUUUCAAAUAAUUCUACAAAUAAAAAAAAGUCUGAGUCUACUGCUUGCAACUUAGUUAGAGACCCAGUCAAAGUGGGACUUGCUCAAGAUGCUGCGGCUUCAUCUCCACUUCUUGUCAAAGAUGUCAUUUGUGAGGAUGAUAAGGGAAAAAUCAUGGAAGAAGUAAUGAGAACUUAUGUAAAACAACAAGAAAAACUCAACUCAAUUUUGCAAAAGAAGCAACAACUUCAGAUGGAAGUGGAAAUGUUAAAUAGUUCAAAAGCAGUAAAGGAACUUACUGAAGAACAACAGAAUUUGCAGAAAGAGCUUGAAUCUUUGCAGAAUGAACAUGCUCAAAGAAUGGAAGAAUUUUAUGUUGAACAGAAGGAUUUAGAGAAAAAGUUGGAGCAAGUAAUGAAGCAAAAAUGUACCUGUGACUCAAAUUUAGAAAAAGACAAAGAGGCUGAAUAUGCAGCACAGUUGGCAGAACUGAGACAGAGAUUGGACCAUGCCGAGGCUGAUAGGCAAGAACUCCAAGAUGAACUCAGACAGGAACGGGAAGCAAGACAGAAGUUAGAGAUGAUGAUAAAGGAGCUAAAGCUGCAAAUUUUGAAAUCAUCGAAGACUGCUAAAGAAUAGAAACUGUUAAAGAGACUCAUCUGUGUAUUAUUUACAGGGUUUUUUUUGUUUGUUGCUUGCUUUGGUAAUUGAAUUCUGAACAACUUACCUGCAUGAAGAUAACUAGGCAUUCUAUCCAUUUGUAGAUUAGAGAAAGUGAAGAGAUUAUAUAUUAGUACAUAAAUUUUUACAUUUUCGAAAUGAAUGAAAAUGUAUGUUUCUUUGUACUUUUUUUUUUUAAAUCAGCUUAAUAACAAUACUAUAUGGUUUCAACCAGUAGAUAAUCUGCCUAUAUUUCUAAUGCAAACUUAACAAUUGUAUACUUUUUAAAAGCUGCAGUGUGCAAUGGAAAA